GCAGGAAGAAAAAGUCAAAAGAGGGAAAAUAACUUUUACUCGAAAGUUAAAUCACGUGCUCCAAUUAAACUAAUAAAUAAUCACGCAGGUCUUUCUAAUGCUGUUCUCUUUAUCCGGAUCCGAAUCGCAUUCAAAUCCUCUUCCACACUUAAAUGACUCUACAAAUACACAAAUAAAACAGCUUCUCAUUCGCCCCCCCCUUUUUGCGCAGCGCUUUGCCCACCGAGAGGGAGAGGGAAAAAAGGCUGAUGGUCUCUCAAAGAUUACCCUAUCAGGUGCAAACCGCUGACAUGUUUCCACCCACCAACAACAAAAAAAGCCUCACUGUGCCCAAAUCUCAGAGUCACAGACGCACAAACACCACUGACAGGCACUGCUGCGCCAUCCUCAGAUCAGCCAGCCCCAAAAACGCUCUCCAGGGAUCCGCGGCUGCUGCUUUUCACACAAAAACACAACUUUUUCUUCACUUGGAUACGUUUUGUGUGUGUUUUUUAGCGACUCUCUCCUGGUGGAAGGGCGGUUUAUUAUCCACCACAUCUCCCCGUCUUUCUCUUCUUUUUCACUCUCCGUAGCACUUGGUAGAAUAAAAUGACCCACGCAAGGUGUGUGAAUCCCCCGCAGGUACGGACGGAGUUCAGGAGGCUGUGAUCUCAGUGGAGCAGCGGGAUUGGGAUUGUGGCACAGCUCGACUUUAGGUGCGUGAAACUCGGGAAGGAUAUCAUUUUUGGACGAGGGUAUUUUUUUUGGAGAGACUGAACCAUUUGGCACCGGUUUACGGAGACAGAUUUUGGAGGAGCGCGAGGACACUGAGCUGCGAAAAAAUAAUCUUCGGGAUUAUUUCCCCCCAAACAAGGAAGCACCUAAUGUUGCACUCCGUGACUCUCCUCCUGCUCUCCGGUGAUCUAUCCUUAUUCUGGGAUUCAAUCUCCCACUUACCGCCGGAGUCGUGUGCGUAAAGGACGCACGAGGAGAGCGAAACGCCAGAGAGAGAGCGUGUACGCGUGAGCGUGUGUGUCUGUGCGAGAGAGAGCGCGAGGGGGGCGAUUUUGCCAACCUUCCUUGGCCGGAGCCCUAAAUCUGUGGAAGCAGGUGUAUUUCUGCAAGUCAAGAUGUCUCCGCUGCCUUCGAGGUUCAUAUAUCUGUGUUUACACUUUCUGGUGCUGUAUUUCCAGCUGCAGGAAUCCCAGCAGAGCACUGCCGAUUUCACGUAUUACAUCGAGAACCACACGAGGAACCCGGACGACCUGAGCCGGAAGCAGGUCCGGAUCUACCAGCUGUACAGCAAGACCACGGGGAAGCACGUCCAGAUCCUGGGGAAGAAGAUCAACGCCAACGGAGAUGAUGGGGGCAAGUAUGCUCUUCUUGUGGUCGAGACAGAAACGUUUGGGAGCCACAUUCGAAUAAAAGGAAAAGAGAGCGAAUAUUACAUCUGCAUGAACGAGAAAGGCAAAAUAGUGGGAAGUCUCGACGGGAAGAGGCAGGAGUGCGUGUUUAUCGAGGAGUUCCUGGAGAACAACUACACGGCUCUGGUGUCGGCCAAGUACAAAGGAUGGUACCUGGGCUUCAACGGCAAAGGGAGGCCAAAGAAAGGCCCGCGGACCACGCAGAAGCAAGACGCGGUCCACUUCAUGAAGCGCAAGCCAAAGGGCCAAGUGGCCCCGCUGGAGGAGUUUCCAUUCACCACAGUAACUAAGCGGACACGAAGGGCUCGCCGGUUAAAACACAACUCCAAGAGGAACUGACGGGACGAGUGGGACAGCACUAACUUUCCU